UCAAACAUCAGAAUAAUGUCGAGAAGGCCAAAUCUCCGCUCAACAAAGUUAGCACUCAACCAGAAGGUCUCUAUUAUCCCAACAGAUGCGGUCAAGGCAGAGCCGCCAAGCUCCAAGCUUACGUAUAGUUCCCUCCGUCGACCGACCAGAUCGAGUGCUACAGUGGAAGAAUUGGCAUCGCCCGUCAAGAAGAACAAAUUAAACAUCGCCAAGUACGAAUACAAGGGCUCGAUACCUUCCCCUAGGAAGCGUCCGAGGAUAGAUGAUGUUGUCAAGGAGGAAGAAAUUGAAACAAAGGCAAGCCCAAUAAAGUCUCCGGCAAAAAAACCAUUGCCACAGGUAGCGCUUGCAAAACCUCAUGCGGCCCCUGCAAAAUGGGAAGAACAGUACCGAUUGAUUGAAAAGAUGAGACGGGGUAUUGUCGCUCCUGUUGAUGAUAUGGGCUGCGAACGGCCGAGAACCAAUACCGAAGGAGAUCCAAAGACUUUUCGUUUCCACAUCCUCAUAUCUCUCAUGCUCUCCUCUCAAACAAAAGAUGCUGUGACCUCAGCAGCCGUCACCUCUCUUCACACCUCUCUGCCAGGUGGUCUUUCUGCCGCCUCUCUGGCCGCUGCACCCUUGGAAACCAUCCAGGAAUGUAUCAACAAGGUUGGAUUCUGGCGACGAAAGGCAGAAUACAUCCAAGAGGCUGCAAAGACACUUUUGGAACAAGAAGGAGAUGAGAAAGGAGACGUGCCAAAGACGGUCGAAGGUUUGUGCAAGUUGAAGGGCGUAGGGCCUAAAAUGGCUUUCUUGGCCCUGCAAUGCGCUUGGGAUAUUAAUGCUGGAAUCGGAGUUGACGUCCACGUUCAUCGCAUCACAAAUCGCCUCAAAUGGCACCGUCCACCUACAUCCACCCCAGAACAAACCCGACUCAACCUUCAAUCAUGGCUUCCCCCCCAUUUACAUAAACCUAUCAACCCCUUGAUGGUCGGUUUUGGUCAAGUGAUCUGCCUCCCAGUUGGGCCUAGGUGCGAUAUCUGUCUGUUAGGCCAAAAGGAGAUAUGCCCAAGUCGAGUAAAAGGGGCGAAUGCCAAGGGCAGAAAAGAGGUGACGUAUAGCUUCAAGGAAGAGGAGGAUGAACUUGCUAUCGGGCAGUGGCGGUGGGGUCAAGCGAAGGGAGUUAAGAGUGAGGCCAAGGUUGAGAUUGGAUAUGAGGGAGGAUUAGAGAAAAUCAAAGAUGAGGAACCAGAGAAUUCGGUCGAGGUGGAGCAGAUGAUCAAGGAACCAGGGAUGAGACGACCUGAUGAAGUGUUAGAGGUCUUGGAUCAGGUAGAUGGCCCCACGGAUAUCGGGGCAGAGCCUGUCAUAAAGACCGAAAAUGUCGAUUGGUAAUCAUUGGGUAUCAUAAUCAGUCUUUGCAUCAUUCGUCGGUUGUAAAUUAUUCUUGUAUGUAUACGAAAACAAGAUCGUCCAUAUCUAUCUUUGAGUCCGUGUCAUCCCU